ACACACCCUUAUAAAUGAUUGGUGGAGAGGUUUUAGCGCGGCGUACCGUAGCCAAUCAGAGGAUUGUUUUCCUUUCACGUCGGUGCACGGAUAGUAAGCUAACGGAUAAUGCAAACACAAACUAAAAUAAACAACGCGGAUUGUCCCUAAAGACGGUAUAGCACGGGGAGGUUUUACUAUUUGUGCCGACUCUUUCUUGUUGGAGUAUUAUUCGUGGAAAUGUGAUGCAGCCAUCGCUGCGAGGACACACGCAUUGGGUAACGUGAGCUAACUGACGUUAGCAAUAGCCUGCUAAUUGUUAACGUUCCGCAAGGCCGCGGAGACAUAGGAGUGCUGCUUCCUCCUCCAGCUUCACUGAGAAUGUAGGUAACAUUACGGCCCAAGGAACAAAAUUACAACUAACUAACUAGCUAGUUCUGUUGAGUAUUCGAUUGCAUUUACGUUUGUUUAAGCUGAGCUUGCGGGCUACCUAGCUUGUUAGCUAUUUGGCUAGCUAGCUAGCAUGAGUGAACUGACGGACUGCAAACAGUCCGCUGACUCUGCAUCGAGGAAACGGUGUCCAUCACCCAGCCAGGAUGAAGGCAGCACGAUUCCCAGCAAGUCCUCAAAAGUAAGUGACGCAUUUAAUGAAGCCGGGGUUACUUCGGAAAGUCGCAAAAACAGUGAAGCUAAGAGUAAAGAAGCAGCUGAGAGCGAGGGCCAGUCAAAAGAUAGCGUGGAAGAACCAGCUGCCGUGCAAACGUUUAAGGGUUCAGUUAGCACGGGUGGUACUAGUACAUUUCCUGUCAACAACUCCAGUGCUGACGGUCGCGAUGCCAGCAACAACGAAAAACCACAGUCCUCAGGUGCACAUGGAUCUGCUGACGCAAAGGAAGUUGGAGAGAAGACAGCAGGAUCAGAGCAGCGUCCCAUUGCUCCUCUGGACCAGUCCGACUCAGCAGCCAUAGCAGCUGCUGAAGCUCUCGCCAGUCUCACAGGGGGAGACGGUGAAGACAGUCAAGAGACUCCUUGCUCAUCUGAAAAAGCUAAACAGGUUAAACAGGGGAGCAAAUUCAAACAACGUGGGGGCCAGCAUUCCUCCAAAACAGGCUCUAAAACGCAGGCAGCUGCAGCAGAUAGCUCCACAUCUGUGCACAGUACUGAUAGAGAAGAUGCAGAUGAUGUGCCCGAAGCAGAUGAAGGUGAUGAAUCCAUGUCUGGAUCUUCGUCCACGCCAAGCUCCUCUUUCCCAUCAGACAAUGAGGACAACGAUGAUGGGGAGUGUGCCAUUGUGUCAGUUAAGAUGGCCCCUGAGAUGAGACAAUCAGUGGCUCUCCUGGCACAGGUACAGAUGAGACUGGAAGCCCUUGAGAAGAAAAGCGCCCGGCUUCAUCAACGGCUGGAGCUGAAGAUUAGUCGCCAGCGGCGCCCACAUCUGGAUCAGCGUAGCUCCAUUACAAAAACCAUCCCUGGCUUCUGGGUGACAGCUCUGUUGAACCAUCCUCAUCUUUCAGCUCACAUUGACGAGACUGAUGAAGAUGCUCUUAGUUACAUGACUGAUCUUGAGAUUGAGUCUUUCAAGAAUAACAAACUGGGCUACAGGAUUCGCUUCCACUUCAGACGGAACCCAUAUUUCCAGAACAACAUUAUCAUGAAGGAGCUGCACCUUGGGAUGGGAGGAUCCCCCAUGUCAUUCUCCAACCCCAUCCUAUGGCAUCGUGGACAAAAUCUGACGGCCCACAGCGAACCCAGGAAGUCGACACGUGGGGUCUACCAGACCUUUUUCAGCUGGUUCAGUGACCAUAGCAACCCAGGACAAGAUGAUGUAGCACAGAUACUUAAAGACGACCUGUACAGAGACCCACUGAGAUAUUACCUCACUCCACUCUGGGAACCGAGGGAGAACGGCAGUAGUGGCAGCGGGACUAGAGCAGCUGACAACGGUAACGGUGAUGAGUGUGUGGUAAUAUCCGACUCAGAUGAUGAGCCUGGUGAGGAGACUGGUGAGGCUGAGCAAGGCCACAGUAGGGAGGAGGAGGAAGAUGAUGAAGAGGAAGAAGAAGAAGAGGAGGAGGAGGACAGGGGGCCAAGCGCAGAUGAGAGCCCAGGGGAGGAGGAUGAUGGUGGAGAAAUUGUGAUCGACGGCUCUGAUGACAGUGACCAGGAGGAGGAGGAGGAGGAGGAGGAGGAAGAGGCCUAAGAAGAAGUGAGGAGGAGAAGGUGGUAUAUGUGGAAGAAGGCGAGUCAUCAAGGGACCAGAGACCAGGAAGAUGAAGAGGAUGCUGAGGUUGGCUAAGAGUACCAGAGCAAACAUUGAAUCCUUCUUCCUGAUGUUAGUCAUUUUUAUGCACAGAAUAUCAGUUUUUGGUUUUUUUAUACCUAAAAUACAUAGAAGCAUUUUAAAUCAGGGUUCACUGUAAUAAUAAAGCCAAGGCAGCACGUCUCCCCUCUAUUUUUUACAUUCGGUACUGUGUAUUCUGAUGUACUCACCUUUUUUGCAAAAAUCUUUUUUUUUUUUUUCUACAACAGCUUCACACAAGUAGUGUUCUUCUAUUUAACGAAGAACAUAGAAUGACAGCCUACACAUACACACACACACACACACACACGCGUAGGUUAGAUUUUGAUUGCCGCUACUUGCUGGCAUUAAAUCUUGCAUUUGCAAAUCCUUCAAACGAAUAACACUGAAACCUUCCGAGGCAUUAUUAGUGGUCAUUUCAAGACAAAGUUUUGGCUGUUUUUAGAACUGACAUGUGGUGAGGCCAACGUGUCACAAGCUGAAAUUGAUAUAAUGACAGUACAUUUCAGAUGCACUGAGUACUGAACCAAAAUUUGUUCUCAGGGAUGAUCAUGGUGGUAGUUUUAUUGAAAGAACUUUACUGAUUCUCAGACAUUUACACUCUCUGGUUAUUGUUGGCUGUGUAUAAGGAAACGUGUACUCUACUGUAGUAAAUAGGAACAGAUAUUGUUUUAAUAUAAUACCUGUGUUUUCCCCUCCUCUAUGUUCAGUCUUGUUACACACCAUCCUCCAGCCCUCUUAACAAUCUGUAAACCAUCUCUGAUGUUUAAAAUCAUUGCGUAGUUUGAUCAAUGUUUCUGUGGUUUCCUACAUUUUUGUAACACACUCCUACAAUAAGUGGCUGAGUUUUGUAUUUUUCUUUUCUUUUCUUCUUAAAUUGUAACUUAAUUUGAAUUUGCUUUCUAAAUCAUUUAAGGUUUGUUUUUGUGUUAUGUGUAUUAGGAUUUGUUAUCCUCUUUUUAAAAAGAUGAUAUUUAUUACGUUGUUUUUCUACACGUCCACAUCAUGGCAUGCCUGUGAGCAUGAAAUAUAAGUCAGGAUGAUUACAUUACUUACAAGGCUGUCUAGAGGAAAUAAUUUGCGGUGCACAGUUGUCGAGUAAAUGUCUUUUAAUUCACAGAAACAUUAUGGGGUGCACUGUAACAGAACUAGUAUUUGUAUUUGCUUACUUUUCUUAGCAAUGAACCUGUAAAUAAUAUUUCAGCAUUGUCUUUUGGAUAAGACAGUACACAUGUUUAAUCCAUGGAUAAAUUUAUCAAAUAAUCUGGAGUUUUUUCAUAAAACAUGAUCAGAAAGUUAUAUUUUGUGUGCUGUGUUUUAUAGAACACUGUAGUUUAAAGAGACCUAAUUGUUUGUUGCUUUGGUUAAUUUUGUUUGCUUGAAGAUAAAUGUCCACCUUUUGACGUAGACCUAAUAAAAAAUAGGCAGUUGUUUCA